AUGCCAUCUCAACAAGAAAAGAAGCAACAACAUUUAUCUUCUUAUUUACCCCCCUUUUCUGGUUGUUUACUAAACUUUCAGCAGCGAAAGAGAAGAAAAAGAAGAAAUAAAAAUAAUCAAAUAAUUAAUUCUUUUCAAUCUAAUUUUAAUAUUUGUGUUUAUUCACCCUCCUUCCCCACAACUUCCUCCUCCUUCUCUUCUUUAUAUCCCAUUUCCAAAUCUUCACAAUUUUAUUCCUCAUAUUCUUCCUCCUUCCCUUUAUUUUCUUCCUCCUCUUCAUCAUUAUUUCUCUCUUCUUCAACUCCUUCAACAACCCCCUCUUGUCGAAUCCAUUCAUUCCCUAUUUUGAUCUCAUUUUACAUCAACUUAAUAUUCCUCAUUUUACUUCAUAUAUCAUUUUCAUGGUCAUUCCCGACACACCCAAAAAUGUCAAAAAAUGGCAACAUUAUUCCAGAGCAACAGCAAAAUUAUCUUUUAUCAAUCGACAAUGUUGACAAACUCUUUAAACGCGCUGCAAUUUUUACCAUGCUGAAAGCCAAAGCGCGAGCAUCUUUAUCAGAAGUUCCACAAGUUGAACGUAUUUUAUUUAAUCAAUGUUUAAGUGAAUAUAAACAAGAACAACUAACACCUGUAAUUUAUGCAAAAUGUUUAGUAAAACUGAUUAAGGCAAAAAAUCGUUUGAAAGAUGCCUACCCCAUACCACCACAAAUCAAUCAAAGGAGAAUUCAAAGAUUUCAUCAUUUCUAUUCAAUCUGGAGGAAAAGGAAAGGCAACAAAUUAAUUAAAUUGAGAAAAUUGAAUAGGCGAAAUAAAAGAUCAAUUUCAACAAGAACUCUAUUUGCCAAUAAAAUGGAUUUUGAACUUCCCAAAAAUAUUCGAAACUUGCGAAUUUUGGAAAGGUAUGGGAGGACAUUGAAGCAUUGCAAACGUUUCAUUUCAACAAUGAAUGAGAGAAAUGCAAAGUGA